GGCCGUGGCUUACCAGUGAUGGUCUGGCAUCUUGUCCUUUCAGUGACUACAUGGCGUGUCCCUGACUCCUCCUCCUCCUUUCUCUCCACAUCUCUGGAUUUCCUGCCUGUCCCUAUUCUGCCUGGUCAUUGGCCAAAUCAACUUCUUUAUUAACCAAUGCUCCUGUGACUCCAGAGAGCGCAGCUAAUAGUCCUUGACCUUAUACCAUGGAUGGAAGCAGGCACUAGCCAUGGAGAAGGACAUGACAGCCUACGUGUAUGAUCCCUUGCACAAACCCAACCCACCUCAAGACACAGCCACCAGUGCCUCGAUCUCCAUGAGGAACCUAGAAAGUAGACGCACACUACAGACCAGGAAGGAACGUGACUUGGAAGACCAGCUGAGGACUGCGGUCUGAGCUGUGAAAGCUCUAGUCUUACUGUAUUCUCACAUGUCCUGCACUUCACAAGGAACAGCUUGAUCUAUUACUACAACAGCAUUAGGCCAGUCAUCAGACCUUCCCCAACCCCCCUUUGGCUUGGUGGGAGAGAGCCUGAAGCCCGGUGGUUGGAGCUGGAAGAGAAGCGGCCAAGGCCAAGGGUUGAGUGUAGAAGCUACAGGGCCCCAGAAUGGAGCCCAACGGCACGAUUCAUUCUUGCUGCUUAGGCUCUACUGUACUGAAGGUCACCAUCAGUUUGAUCCUCACCACCCUCAUCCUCAUCACCGUUGCUGGCAACGUGGUCGUCUGCCUGGCUGUCAGCUUGAACCGUCGGCUCCGCAGUCUGACCAAUUGCUUUAUUGUGUCUUUGGCAGCGACCGACCUACUCCUUGGCCUCCUGGUGCUGCCCUUCUCUGCCAUUUACCAGCUCUCCUUCAGGUGGAGCUUUGGCCAGGUCUUCUGCAACAUCUACACCAGCCUGGAUGUGAUGCUCUGCACAGCCUCCAUCCUCAACCUCUUCAUGAUCAGCUUGGACCGCUACUGCGCAGUCACAGACCCAUUGAGGUACCCUGUGCUGGUCACCCCGGUUCGAGUGGCCAUUUCCUUGGUCUUUAUUUGGGUCAUUUCCAUCACCCUGUCUUUCCUGUCUAUUCACCUGGGGUGGAACAGCAGAAACGAGACCAGAGGGGACAACGACACCUUCAAGUGCAAAGUGCAGGUUAAUGAGGUCUACGGGCUGGUGGACGGGCUGGUCACCUUCUACCUGCCUCUUCUCAUCAUGUGUGUCACCUACUACCGAAUCUUUAAGAUCGCCAGGGAGCAGGCCAAGAGGAUCAACCACAUCAGCUCCUGGAAGGCAGCCACCAUCCGAGAGCACAAAGCCACCGUGACGCUGGCUGCGGUCAUGGGGGCCUUCAUCGUCUGCUGGUUUCCCUACUUUACUGCGUUCGUCUAUCGUGGGCUGAGAGGGGACGACGCCAUCAACGAGGCGGUUGAAGGCAUUGUCCUAUGGCUAGGCUAUGCCAACUCAGCCCUGAACCCUAUCCUGUACGCCGCCCUCAACAGAGACUUCCGCAUGGCUUACCAACAGCUCUUCCGCUGUAAGCUUGCCAGCCACAACUCCCACAGGACGUCCCUGAGGCUGAACAAUUCUCUGCUGUCCAGGGGCCAAAGCCGAGAAGGCAGGUGGCAGGAGGAGAAGCCCCUGAAGCUCCAAGUGUGGAGUGGGACAGAAACCACACGCCCCCAAGGGACCCCAGACAGAAAACCCACGCUGUCAUGCACCACAUGCUCCAAUAACCUCCUAACCUGCUGCAAGAGCCUAUGGGGGCUUCGUUUUCUCCAGCAACACCCAGAAGGCCCCUCCGAGGAUCGGUCGGGAGAGCCACUGUCUGAGAAGACAGAAAGGACACCAUCACAGGAAGGAAUGAGGGCGUUGCCCUGUGAGGCUGUCUAGAUCCUGCGCAGGGCACCAAGAUCCCGGCCUUAUCACUUGGAGCUCCCUCUGGAGCCCUGUGGACCAAGCCCACCGAGGACAAACUUCAGACUGAGCCUGGGGGUUCACAGAACACAUAGAUCAGCUUCCCCGUGAGCGGAUUCCAGACAGGUGCUUUGGCUCACUAAGGCUGAAUUUCUUGGGUUCAAAGCUCACGUUGGUGCUGGCCCUAGGAGUCGUGAGCAGACAGCGGGACAGAUGUGCGCACGUGCAUGCACAGAUGUGCUUCUGUACAAAACGUGCACAUCUGCUGAGCAGGGCAAAGGAUGUUGCUAUAAAGCCCUGUCUCACUCCCUUGUGAGAUCUCAUUAUGAGCAGAAAAGCAGACAAGGGGAUGGGAGAAAAGGAGGAGGAGCGAAAAUGCCUCCACGAACACCUAACUAGGUGCUAGGUACUUUAUCUACAUGGGCUCUCAUAAUUUAUAUACGUGUUCUUAGGCUGAGCAUCACUGCCCAGACAUAUUACAGAGGUAGAAACUGAGAGUCAGAGAAGUAUAAAAUGUACCUCAGGCCACUCAGCUGGAAAACAUGCCCAGGAUAGAGGUACUCAGAAAGUACUUGGUGAGUGGGUGGAUGUGUAGAAAAAGUGGAUGGAUGGGUGCAUGGAUGGGUGGGUGAUGGUUGGAUGAUGGGUAGAUGAUGGAUGAUGGCUGGCUGGAUGGGUGGAUGAUGGGUAGAUGAAUGGAUCAA